UCUAAGCUGCUAGAGAGCAGAGGUCGAGGCCCGUCAGGAGAAUCGUGGGUACGUGUGACGUGACGGAGCUUCGGAAGAUGGGCCUGGCGACUAGGGUGCCAUGGUAUUUGUGGUCAAUGUGCCAUGUACAGGAUGCGCGCCACUAGGCUUCCUACCAGGGGCGUUUGUCCGGACCAGUCCGUCGUCAAUGGCUUGUGGACCCGCGUACUUUCGGGUGGCUGAAGUCGGCCAGGUUUAGUAAGUCGUCAGAUCAGGAUGACAGGCCGAUUGACGAUACGAAGGUGUCGUCGAUAUGAUUUCGGCUGUUGCAAUACGACCAGGAUGGGACAAGGUAGGCAUUGGAAUGAUGGGAAGGCCGUUCUUGGCCAACUGUCCGGCCGGCAAUUGUCUAACACCAUGUGUGGUUGAAUUGGUUGUACUGUAGGUACAUGAUCAUUUAGUGACUACAUCACGGAAACGGCGCAUCUCUUACAGCAUUGUAGCUGAGGGCUCGCGGGUUUGGCGACCUGAUGGUGGUGAUUAGGGAUGCCGAUGCCAGAUCGGAACGUUUCCCCCACUCCUACCGCGAGGCACAAGGUGGGGCCGUUGGGGCUUGAUGGCGUUCUCGCCUCCAAGGGUGAUCGUGGUGGCUCCAUUUCGGGUUGAGAGAAUCUGAUGGAUGAUCUUUCACGCGGUUCCCCAACUUAUCGUCUGGGAGCGAUAGAUCAUCCAAGGUGAGUGAAGACCCCCCACGGGGAAUCUGGAGUCAGGAAUUGGCGGCCUAGACCAGGUCGAGGAUCGCAGUGCUCUCUUGGGCUCCCGUGUCCCGGACCGACCACUGACUC